GUGCCCUGCUAUGCGUUCGACUCUGACGGUAAGAAGCACGACCUGAACCCUCUGAUCAAACUGACCGAUGGAUARGCGGUGGAUGACGGGAACGACGACGGCAUCGACUUCUACAUAAACAUCUGCCGAAGUCUCAGCAAGUCCCUGAGCGAAGGUUGAGGCUACAGUAUGAAUUAAGUUCAGACUCGUCACCGGAAAUGUGUGGCGAACACAAACCGACCGUCAACAUCACCUUCAUCUGUCCAUCCAGCAGACAUUUGGGCAGCGUUCCUAAGAUGAUAGCCGAGUCAAACUGUCGCUACGAGGUGGAGUGGGUGACUGAAUAUGCUUGUCACAGAGACUACCUGGAGAGUCACACCUGCAAACUGACCAGCAAACAGCAUGACAUCUCUAUAGACCUCACACCUCUCACUCAGACCUCCUCAGACCUUCCGUACUUUGCCUUCUCUGACCCCAGCAGUGCAGCUGGGGGUUACACCUUCUACCUGAARGUGUGUGGAAAGAUCAACACUGAAGAAUGUGGGAACGAUCCUUUCAUUUCAUCAUGCCAGGUGAAGACAUCUGGAGACUUAAUGAAGGUGGCUGGAAGAUAUCAGAACCAGACACUACGGAGAUUUCGAGAGUCCUCCCAUCCUCCUUAGAGUUUCUCCUGAUUCGUGUGUUUAUGAGUUGGAGUGGUACACAGCUGCUGCCUGCAUCCUCUCAAAGACUCAAGGAGACAACUGCGUGGUGGAGGACCCUCAGACUGGCUUCUCCUUCGACUUGUCUCCUCUCACCAAACCGGACGGCGGCUUCUACAACCUGACCAAUGGCGGCUACAGCUACUACAUUAACGUCUGUGGUCCGGUCAAAACCGACACGUGUCCUGAGAAGGCUGGAGCGUGCCAAGUGAAACAAAAUUCCUGGAGUCUCGGGGAGGCGAAUUCUCGUCUGAGCUACUACGACGGCCUGAUCCAGCUCACGUACAGAAAUGGAUCUCAGUACAACGACGCACAGCACACCCUCAGAUCCACUCUCAUCUCCUUCCUCUGUGACCCGGAAGCAGGAGCAGGAAACCCUAAGUUCCAGGUAGAAGACAAGUACACGUACAACUUCCUCUGGUACACGUCCUACGCGUGUCCUCAGAGGGCUCACGAGUGUUUGGUGACGGACCCCAACACCCUGGAUCAGUACGACUUAUCCAGCCUGUCGCGCUCCACCUCCACCAGAAACUGGAUGGCCAUGGAUCUGUCAGAUUCGGCGAGCCUGAAGAAGUACUACAUCAACAUAUGUCGACCCAUCGUACCUGUACCAGGCUGUGACCGAGACACAUCGGUCUGCGAAAUGAAAUACGAAAUCGAGCAGGGUUCUCCAAAGGAGGUGGUGUCGGUCAGUAACAUGGGGGUGUCCAAACGAGGACCCAUCAUAGAGGGACAGGACCGGCUGCUGCUGGAGUUCACCGACGGUUCUGCUUGCACGUCAGAAGGCCGAACACUCUCCUACACGACUCGGAUCCACCUGGUCUGCUCCAGAGGAACAACCUCUAUGGGCCCGCAGUUCCUGAUGAACCAGAACUGCACUGCCAACUUCAAGUGGGAGACCAGAGCAGCCUGUUCCAUCAAAACCACCAAAAACAAUACCUGUUCUGUUGUGGACCCAGACUCUGGUUUUGAGUUCAACCUUCUGCAUUUGGCCGACAAAGAUGGAUAUAAAACAACCGCUAAUGGCAAAGACUUCCUAUUGAACAUCUGUGCAGAUGCACCACAAUGUGGUGUGGGGAUGGCUGCCUGCGAGCUGGAGAACGGACAGCCCCUCAGCCCGGUGCAGGUGGAUAAGAUCCUCCAGUACUCCACUGAUGGCRUCCUCCAGCUGACGUACAGAGGACCGCUGAUUGUUCCCACAGCUACCAGAGACACCUUUACAGUUAAUUUUGUGUGCGAUCAAAGUUCGUACCCGGGCUCGUUAAAACUAGUUCAAGAGGAUAUGAGCACUUUGGCCAGCCACGUGACCCACGAUGCUCUGUUUGAGUUCUCCACGGCUCUGGCCUGCGAGCCCGCCCCAGUUUACUGCAAGACCAGUGAUCCUCACGGCAACGAGUACGAUCUGAGCCACCUGAUCAGAGACGCAGACGACAGCCCCUGGAUCCCCAUCGAUACAGAUGCUGGGACGUCCCGCAGGUUUUACAUCAACAUCUGUAAACCCCUGCCAGCUGUACAGGGCUGUCCAGUGGGUCCUUUAGGUGCUUGUGCUGUGAUCGAUAAAAAAAGCUACAACCUGGGAUACAUCCAGUCGAGCCCGCAGGUGGCGGACGACGGCUCCAUCAGCAUCGUUUAUCACAACGGAGACAAGUGUGGCUCUUCAUCUCACUACUCGACACGCAUCAUCAUCCAGUGUGACGACAACCCCGGCUCUCCCAUGUUCGAUCGCCAAGAUGGCUGCGAGUACGUCUUUGUCUGGAGGACGUCUGAGGCCUGUCCUGUCAGGAAGUCUCAGGGUGACGACUGUCGUGUUCGUGACCCUAAAACUGGCUACGAGUUUGACUUCAGCUCCUUGAAGAGCAAAGAUUACUCUGUUACGAGUGACAAAUACACCUACCACCUGUCGGUGUGCAGCGCUCUGCUGGGAGACGUCUGCUCCCACAAAGACUCCAAAUCUGUGUCGUCCUGCCAGACAGACGGACCAAAACACAAGAUCGCUGGACUGACCAACCAGAUUCUGAACUUUGUCGGGGAUCAGAUCAUCCUGAACUACACCGCGGGAGAAACCUGUCAUCGAAUUUACAACAGAUCCACGGCCAUCUCUUUUUCCUGCAACCCUGACAAGCACCCUGGAGAACCAGAGUUCAUUAAAGAGACUUCAGAGUGUACCUACAUGUUUGACUGGCCCACUGCGCUGGCCUGCAUCCCAGUUAAAACCACCAGCUGCUCCUACAUUGAUGGUCAGGGCCGCUCCUAUGACCUUUCCUCUCUGGCUUUGGACUCCCGCAACUGGGAGGCAGAAGUCCCCACAGGGACGGAGAAGCGGUUCUACAUCAACGUCUGCAGGUCUCUGGUGCAGCAGGGAGGGGACUGGAGGUGUCCCUCCGAUUCUGCGUCCUGCAUGAGGGACGGAGACAGCUACGUGAGUCUGGGAGGGGUGGAGUCCAGUCCCACGUGGGAGGGAAACAUCUUGAAGCUGCAGUACACCAGCGGGCAGGCCUGUCCCGACAAAARUCAGAAGAGGAUCAGCAUCAUCCGCUUCAAGUGUGACAAAGACAAAGUUGACUCUCGGCCCACUCUGAUCUCUGAGAUUGAGGGAUGUGUGUAUACGUUCCUGUGGCUAACAGCAGCUGCCUGCCCUUUAAACAGCGUCCAGCAGGGCGACUGCAGGGUCACCAACCCUGCUACAGGACAUUUGUUUGACCUGAACUCUUUGAAGAAAGCAGAUGGUUACGCAGUUUAUGAAAGUGGGAAGAUGUUUCGCAUGAACAUUUGUGGAGAGGUGACCAACGCUGGAUGUGAUCCAAACACUGCUGUGUGCAUAAAGGAGGGCAGCGCUGUGGUCAGCGGUGGUCAGGUGAGCAGGAACCUCACCUACAAGGAUCACGUUGUGGAGCUGACGUACGAAGGAGGAAGCCCCUGCUCAGCAAACCRCGCUCUGAAACACAAAACCAUCAUCCAGUUUAUUUGCAGGUAACGUGUUCAGUGCAGAACGGCUCUACUCUAAUAGACCUGACUCCUCUGGUUCACAUCAGCGGAUUCUACACGGCAACAGAUGAUGCAGUGCAAGACAAUGAUGGAUCUCCAGACUUUUACAUCAACAUCUGUCAGCCUCUAAACCCCAUCCCCGGGGUCUUAUGUCCRCCUGGAGCUGCCGUCUGUUUGGACCCUGAUAAUGGACCGCCUAAGGUUGAAGGGGCGUCCGGAAUGUAUCACAUCCAUGUCUGCGGUUCAGUGGAAGAGCAGGCCUGCACUCAGAGCGCCAUUUGUCUGGUGUCUGGUUCUGGUUCUGACAAAUCCGCAUCAUCGUUCGGCAUCAGUAAAGUCAUGGCGAUGGACUACAAACACGAAGAGGAGGCGGUGCUGAUGCAGUAUGGUGGAGGAGACCCCUGCCCUCCAGUGACGGUUGAUGAAAAGGCGUGUGUGUUCCCUUUCACCUUCCUGAAGAAGUCGUACACAGAGUGCACCACAGAGGGAAGGAUCGACGGCAGGAAGUGGUGCGCCACCACCUCUAACUACGACGUGGACAGGAAGGGGGGAUUGUGCAGUGAAGGUAUUACAUGAACCUGUGUCAGGGGAUCCACGGCGGGCUGACAGACUGUCCAGAGGGGGCAGCGGUGUGCCGACACUCAUCAGGACAGACUCAGAUCCUGGGAUUUGUUUACACUCAGAAAAUGAGCUACGCCGAUGAAAAGAUCUCCAUCAGCUACUCAGCAGGAGAUGACGUCUGUGGAAACGGCCUGAAGGCCAGGACGGUGAUCCAGCUGAGCUGUGGUACUACAUUUGGUCACCCGUCACUCAUCAGAGUGRAUCAAGCUUCCUGUGAGUUUGUGAUUGGCUGGGAGACUCACUACGCCUGCGCGGAGAAGCCAGUCGAGGUGGAGUUGGUGAAUGGGAUGAUAAAGGUUCCGGACACUGGAGCCAUUGUGAGUCUGGGGGCGCUCUACUCCAGGAGGAAAUCUGGAUGUAAUGGUACCGUCCGAGUCAAAGUGUGGCCGUGUCCAAACCAAAUCUGUUUCAUCCGUCAUCAAGUUUGAAUGUAAACCGCUCGCCGGCCUCGGUAUCCCAGAGUUCAUGCUGGAGACGGAUGAGUGUCAGUAUUUGUUUACGUGGCACACAAACGCUGUGUGUGGACUGCUAGCUGUCGACAGGCAGACGUCGGAUGGCGACGAAUCUCCUUCCCCUUCUGGGCGGAGCCAGGCGGCGGGAAUCUUAAUGACUGUCAUGUCUGUGUGUCUGAUCAUCUGCCUGCUGGGACUUCUGCUCCACAAGAGAGAGAGGAGGGAGUUGGUGAUGCAGAAGGUGGCUGGUUGCUGCAGGAGAGGAAACCAAGUCUCUUAUAAAUAUUCAAAGGUCAACACAGAUGAAGGAGGUGAAGAGGAGAUGGAGUGGCUGAUGGAGGAGCUGGAAGCCCCGCCCUCCUCCUCCUCCUCGCACCGCGGCAGGAGCAGCCACAGCAACGGCCACAUCAAGACCAAGCCGGUGAACACGGACGGCCUGCGCUCGUUCUCGCUGGACGAGCAGGAGGACGACAGCGAGGACGAGGUCCUGAGCGUCCCGGGGGUCCGGGUGGUCAAACCGUCCACCGCCUCCUCCAGGAAGUCCGCGGCCCAUCGCUCCGCCUUCCUGCAGGAGGAGAGCGACGAAGACCUCGUCGGCCUUCUGGACGAGUCGGACCGGGAGAGGAAGGGCGGCAGAGCCCGCUCGUCCGGCCCCAGACACGGUAACACCGCCAGGAAACGGGAGGAGGACGACAGCGACGAGGACCUCCUCAGGGUGUGAYGUCACCUCCUUCCUGUUUCCCUCCGUCCAAUCAGAACUCUUCUCAGUGAAUGUCUCCACCAUAGCAACAACUUACUGAAAGCRGAAAGCUUUUUUCGGUCUUCGGGGAUAGUUUUCGUCGGGCUGCACCUUGGCUCGGCCUUCUCUGCCUCUCAGACUGCUGGGGUUGGUUUUUAUUUAUUGAGCUGUUAUUUAAACUGUUCCCAUGAAUCCACAGAACGUCAGAGUCUACCUGCUGCAGAGCAGAGGUGAUCAGUCAUCCAUGAUUCACUUACAUCACUUUUUCUUUACUUGGUUUGAAACACAGCUGUGCCAUUGUUUCAGUGCUUUAACUGAAAACAACUCAUCUCGAUGCAGACAGGAUGGGGUUUUUUUUUUUUUGUUUCCUUUUAGAAAUUGAUCAAAAAACGGGUAAAAAGUGAAGCUAGUUUGUUUUUAGAUGAGGGCAGAAAAGUUUGGAGGCCGGUUGGAUUUUUAAAGAGAUCCCCGAUUAGUUGUAACAUUAGACUUUAUGUGAUAAAAAUAUAUUUUAACUGUAAAAAUACUGUAGGAUGUUC